AUGGCUUCUUCAAUAGGUUGGCAACAAGAGAAUGAAGAAGAAGAUAAGCUCAUUUCCUCUCUCCCUAAAGAGAAAGGUUGGUCUUUUCCCUAUGUCUAUCUAUUUGAACACUUUUGGUGUCCAUCACCUCUCAUCAGAGAAAGAAACAUUUUUCAAAAGCACUUUCAAGCAAAACAAAGUGAUGUUCUUGUUACAAGCUUUCCAAAAUCUGGUACAACAUGGUUGAAAGCCCUUACUUUUGCCAUUGUCAACCACAAAAACUUCUCCAAAGAGAACCAUCCAUUGCUUACCUCUAACCCUCACCAACUUGUGCCUCCCCUUUACACAUUUCGUGGUAACAUCCAUGACCAGAUUCUUCAAUUAUCCAACAUGCCUGAACCAAGACUUUUUGGUACUCACAUUCCGUAUCCUUCAUUACCCAGGUCAAUCGUAGAGUCUCAUUGCAGAAUAAUUUACAUUUGCAGGAACCCCUUUGACACUUUUAUUUCUGCAUGGGCUUUCUAUAAUAAGAUUAAGGUGGAGGCUUCACCGGCAUUGACAAAGGAGGAAGCUUUUGAAAUGUUUUGCAAUGGGGUAAUUGAGUUCGGUCCAUGGUGGAGUCAUGUGUUAGGUUACUGGAACGAAAGUGUAGCCAGACCAAACACUGUCCUAUUCUUGAAGUACGAGGAUCUUAAAGAAGAUGUGAAUUCUCAGGUGAAAAAAGUUGCAGAGUUUUUGGGUUGUCCUUUCACUGAAGAGGAAGAAAGUAAUGGAGUGAUUGAAAGCAUAGCCAAGCUGUGUAGCUUUGAGGAGAUGAAGGAUACGGAAGUCAACAAAUCUGGAAAGAUAAAUUUUGAAAUCAAAAGGUUUGAAAAUAAGUUGUUUUUCAGAAAGGCAGAAAUAGGAGAUUGGGUAAAUCAUUUUUCCCCUUCUAUGGUGGAAAAAUUAUCCAAAAUCAUUGAAGAAAAAUUUAGUGGCUCAGGUCUAUCAUUUAAAAUGCAUUCUUAA